CAACGUAGUUGUUUCUUUAUAUAGAGUCACUUGUUAAUAAUUCAUUCGUUUCUUGAUUAAUUGUUAGCAUCAUUCAUGAGGUCUUCUCUGAAAAGUUAAUAGAAAGGCCACGUGCCACAUGGCAUCUAGCUGAAAUAAAUCAUCAGAGAAACAGCUCAGAGAACAAUCACACAAUUGUCUGUACUUAUUUGUUUCUCCUACACUGUUUUUCCAUAUAAUCACAGUAGAAUUAUUGUAUAUUUCUCAUACCGUAUUGCAAUGGCUGCUGUUGUAAGGACUAACAUGCACUUACAGUAUAUCUAGAUUCUGGAAAUGACUUCAAUUUUAAUUUCCCUCAUUUACAGUGCCACUUGAUUGAUACGGAUUAUGAAUUGACAUUUAUCAUUAAGCAUUUUCUCGCUCUCAUACUCGAAUAGUAACACGCGUCACAUUCACUGGAUUCACACGUAAUGUAGACAGGAUGUGGGGUGAAUAGAGUUUGAAGUGAUGGAAGAAGACCAAAUAUUAUACAAUCCACCACCUUUCCACUAUGCAGUGGUUAAAUCUGACAUACAUUCAGAGCUUCAAAAGCCAUUCGACUUGUUGAACAUGUGCCAUGCCUAUAAGAUUUCAGUUCCAGAAAGGUGUUUAACGUCAGCAGUACGUAAUGGUACUUCAUGACGGUUAUAUCGUUUCAGUGAAUUCUGACAGAGGAAUUUCUUGAAGGGUCUGUUCUUGUGAGAUAUCCCAGAGUUUAUCUUGAAUUGGAUCACUGAUAUUGUUCAACUAAACUUGUCAGAACUUGACAUGUCUUAGGCAAGUGGCCAGAAAAUAACAAUAGAUUAGGUUUCUUCCAAUAUAGCAAGCAUAGAAGGCCAUUAGACUUUAUAACAUUUAGUGUUUUGAGUCCUGUGUGAAGCUUUGUUUUACCCACAAGGCAUUUUAACAAUAGCUUGCUGUGAGAGAUAUAUGUCAGUUCCUGUCAAGACACUAGUCUUUGUGUGUGAACAUCCGGUUUGAUGACGAUAAACACAACAUCUUUAAUAGCAAUCUUUUUAUUAUAGCUAAAAGUAAACACUUGUGACCAAAUGGCCACGUGUCUGAAAACACUGGCAUAAUGCCUUCAGUGUGUGUGUGUGUGUGUGUGUGUGUGUGUGUGUGUGCGCGUGUGUGUGUGUGUGUGUGUGUGUGUGAGGAUUACGACUUUUGCUACAAGGUGUGUAGUCUCGGUGAAGAUUCCUGGCCUUUAAUACAGCAGCUGUAUUUAGCAUGUCUUUGAAACCACAGUAUCAACAUGACACCCAAUCAAGCAUUUCUAACAUUAAAUACAUUCCAUUAGUCUAUUGACAUGACGGUGUGAAUCACUGUGAAUAUGCUUGCUUUCGCAAAUGAAUUAUUACAUUCUAUUAAGUUUAAAAUGAAACAUUUUGAAACAAAAACAAAUAUUGAGCAAGAAUAAAUAAAAUAACAAAGUCAAUAAUACUUAUUAUUAUUGACAUUAUAAUUAUCAUUUCAUUUCCCACCAAACCAAUGGUUACACCUGACCUGCCAAAUAUUCAUACCCUGACAUGGAUCAUGAUUUUAUUGUAAGUAGCCUAUUAUACAAUAAAAAGUAACGAGAAACAAAUAGGGAGGCUCUUAAAAAUGUCAAAUAAAUACACAAGGAGUUGCCUUGUAUAAGCAAAGACUAUGUUUAUGUAUAUGUCUCUUUUUUGGUAAACAGUCUCUUGAUAGCCGAUGUAGAAUAUAACUUAUAGCUUUAAAAAAAUCUGAAUUGCUUAAAGAUUUAAUUAAUCUUCACACGCUUUCGUUAGACAAACAUGUCUUAAUUAUUCAGGAAACGAAACAUUAAAAAACACAUCUGUCUUGGUUUAUAAAACCUACAGCAGAGAAAACUGUUUGAGAAUUUACUUCAAUAGUGUAGGUACAUAGUGUAUAGUGUCUAAUGGUGUUUUUCCAGGUCUUGCAUGCCUUGCAGUUACCCUUAAAAAAGCACUGAUCUUCUAAUCCCAUUACUUACCACAACACACACACACACACACUUACCCACAAUCCCCUGCCUUCUCCCAAAUACUUUAUAACCCCUUACCCAACUUUACACAUCACCUAAUUUAAACAAUCAUCCAAAUUUGUAAACAUUUCCAAUGCGUUUCACUGCCCGAAUGUCUUUUUUCUGCCUCAUUGAUAAACAUACGCCUUACAUAAAAAAAACCCUCUGCUAAUUCACACAAAAAUGAACUCUGCUGCUUCACUAUUUUUAAAGUAUGAGUGUUAAGAUCGUGGCAUCAGGCCAGGGCAUCUCUAAACAUAGACGCAUGUCCACUCCUCCACCCAGGAGGUAAUCUCUUCCCUCCCCCAUCUCAAGACACAGGUGAGCUCUGAAUGUGAACGCGUUCUCACACAAGCUUCACUAAGGCAACACAGAAACAAACGAAUGAAUGAGGACUGUCUGACCUCAGGGCACCACGUAGAUACACUUUUGAGGCUUUCACAAUUUUCACAAGGUUUCUCUUCAUCCCACAGUGAUUGUGGUGUUCUUUGCUGGAUUGUUAAGUUUUGUACAGUUUAAAAUGGAACUACAGAAAGCAUCAAACGGUCACUAUGAUCUCAGCCCUGACAGAAGUCUUGAGAAUGGAUUUGAUGCCCUUGAAAACUUGACAGAUGGUGAUACCUUCCUCCCCAAUAAGAGCAAUGGAAAGAUAGAGACUCAGUUUACAGAUUUCGAAGGAAAGACUUCUUUCGGAAUGUCUAUUUUCAACCUCAGUAACGCCAUUAUGGGCAGUGGGAUUCUGGGACUGGCUUAUGCCAUGGCCAACACCGGAAUCAUCCCUUUUGUAAUCCUGUUGGUAUGCAUCGCUAUUCUCUCUGCCUACUCCAUACACCUGCUUCUGAAGAGUGCCGGAGUGGUUGGGAUCCGAGCUUAUGAACAGCUCGGGAACCGUGCGUUUGGUCCACCUGGGAAAAUCUUAGCGGCGUGCAUUAUAACAUUGCACAACAUUGGAGCAAUGUCCAGUUACCUGUUCAUUGUGAAAAUAGAGUUACCUCACGUUAUCCACGGUCUUCUGGAAAUGCCAGAUAACUCAGAUGACUGGUUUGUUGAUGGGAGGUAUCUCAUCAUUAUCGUUAGCGUCUUGAUCAUUCUUCCCCUGGCAUUUAUGAAACGACUUGGAUACCUGGGCUACACCAGUGGCUUCUCUCUCAGCUGCAUGGUAUUCUUCCUCAUAUCUGUCAUCUACAAGAAGUUUGUCACAGAGUGUUUUGUUAAACACGGCAAUAACAAAACUGUGUUUAAUGAAAGCAUAUACAACUCCACCAGCGACACGUGUGAAGCCAAAAUGAUAACUAUCAACUCAGAGACUGCUUUUACCAUUCCCAUUAUGGCUUUCGCUUUUGUGUGUCACCCUGAAGUGUUACCCAUUUACACAGAACUCAGAAAUCCAAGCAAAAAACGCAUGCAAAAUGUUGCUAAUAUCUCCAUUUUGGCCAUGUUUGUCAUGUACUUGCUGACUGCUAUCUUUGGCUACCUCACCUUCUACGGAACCGUGGAUUCAGAGCUUCUGAAGAUGUACAGUAGAAAUGACACCCUGAUGCUGUGUGUUCGGCUGGCCGUGCUGAUAGCAGUGACACUGACCGUUCCCGUGGUCCUUUUCCCGAUUCGCCGUGCCGUCUUGCAGCUUCUUUUCCCCGAUAAGCCUUUCCACUGGGCGCGUCACAUCUCCAUCGCUGUAUGCCUUCUCUUCUUAGUCAACCUUCUCGUCAUCUUCGUUCCCAACAUUCGUGACAUCUUCGGCUUCAUCGGUGCCACGUCCGCUCCCAGCCUCAUUUUCAUUCUUCCGGGAAUAUUCUACAUUUACAUCGUCCCUGAAGAACAGGAGCCGUUGAAAUCCCGGCCAAAGAUCCUGGCAAUUGCAUUUGUGACACUGGGUUUCAUCUUCAUGAUUAUGAGCAUUACAUUCAUCAUAAUAGAGUGGGUCACUGGAAAGAAGACAUCGGGUGCCCACUGAGAGAGAACAACUGGAUUCAGACACUCAAAGACCAGAUCUAAUACAGAACAGAAACUCCUGAACCUGCGACCUCUGCACAAGAUUCAAUUUCAUUUAGUGUGUACAAAUAUCAAACAAAUUAACUCCUCAAUUUCAGUACGUCCAGCAUAAAAAAGGGCUAGUUACCUAAAUUCAAGAAGAAUAAUGCUCUAAAGAGCUGUGAUGCUCCAAGAACAUUUUGAUAAUAUUUAUGGAAUUUCUAAUGACAGCCGAUUUCACACACAAAGGUAUUGCUGUUAUGACUGGCAGAUGGACCUUCUUGUGAUACUGAGAUGAGAAUUAUUGCCAAAGUUGUAAACAUGCAGAUUGAAGUCUACCUCCUUCUACACAGAGCAAUUUUUGACAGCUCAUAGUGCGUAUUUUGGGGUCCAAGAAUCAUUUGUUAAUGAAAAUUCAAUUUUAAUACACGAUUUUCAUUCUAAAAACAACAUCAGCAUAACAACGAGUGAAAUCUUAAAAUCUGAUGGCCCCAAACAACUUCAUUUGAUCAGAAUCUUCAAAUACGUUUAUAUUUUGUUUUCGAUUUUUAUCCUAAAAUUAUUCCUUAGACAUUUUAUUUCCGCAGUUCAUUUUGAAUUCAAAUCCCACAUAUUCAUUUUGGUCUCAAACCUUUUACCCCACUGUAUGUGAAUUUCAGUUAAUUUCAUUUUUGAUGAAUAAUAGGCCGUUCUAUUAUAAAACAUUCCUAAAAGCAGUUCAUCAAAUGUUUUAAUUAGGAAGAGUGUACAGUUUUGUGAUGACUUUCAGCAUUGUUUGAGUAAUUCAAUGUCAGAGGAAGAACCUGAAAGUAAUGUAUUUAUUGGUAUUUUUUGUAUCGUUACAUCUUAAAAGAAAUGCAAUCUACAGUACAAAAAUGUCAGCGCAGUUCCUGUCACCGUCAUAUGACAUUUCUUUACUCUAUUUUAGAGAGGAGAAGGAAUAUAAAAGUCUAAAUACUAAUUAUCUAGUAUUCCAGAAACACACAACACUUGAGGUUUGUCACGUUGUCUGUCGCGUUUUGUUUGUUGUAUGAUUGGAAAUACUUUUUGAACAUCUUGAAAAUGAGGAUACUUUUAACGAACUUGAAAAAUGUUGUUGGAAUAAUUUAUUCGUGGCUUACAUGGUGACGUGUUUCAGUGACAAAGAAUUCCACUCCUCAAAUGGACCGGACAUUGAAUGAUCAUUUUAUUUCUUCUAAAGGGUCACUACAGCAUAACACAGGACUGAUGUGUAUGCAGAGUUCAUUAGCUACAGUAAGCUCACUGAAAUGUUCUGUGGUCAUACUAUGCCUCUUCAGUAUCUGUGAGUUUAUAAGGACCAGUACUUCAUUCGUUUCCAGCUAGACAUUACAACUACUUUAUCAAAACUGUCAGCAUGUAUGGUUGUUAUGUAUAGUCUUUUAUGUACAUAUUGUAUAUGAAAUGGAAAAGACAUUUCAUUAAUUGUCGUAUGCUGUGCACAUAUUCAACAGUCUUUUUCUGCGCAGAUUCGACUUGAAUUGUGAAAAUUAAACUUAAUACUUAACGGAUCAAUUAGUAAGACGCUUAUUAGAUUUUAAUUUAAUUUAAUUCACAUUUUCCCCUAUUUGAUUGUUUUUUUUUUUUUAAUAAAGUGCCUGAAAAAAAAAUUAGAAACAAGUGUAGCAUUAUAAAGUGGGUAAUGCUUAGAAAUGCAUGUAUUUAUUAUUGAACACACUGAUCCUGAAUAAUAAAGUUUAAAAGAUUGUCUAAA